AUGCAGAUAUAAUUGAAGCAGUUAAAUUAUUUUUAAAAGCAGCAGAAAAAAAUUGUUCAAUUUCACAAGUUUAUCUUACUAAAUGUUAUUAUAAUGGAUAUGAAAUCAAAUGCGAUAAAAACCUUUCAUUUAAUUGGUAUAAGAAGUCUGUAGAAAAUGGAA